AUGUUAAAAGAUUGUAUAGAAUUUGGUAAGGGUUGCCAAGAAUGUCAAAUACAUGCAGGAAUUCAACAUGCUCCUGCAAGUGAGCUUCAUACAAUUAUUAAGCCUUGGCCUUUCAGAAGGUGGGCAUUAGAUCUAAUUGGGGAAAUUAGACCCAAUUCACCCAAAGGUCAAAGAUACAUACUUGUAGGAAUUGACUAUUUCACUAAAUGGGCCGAAGCAGUACCUUUAGUAAAUGUGGAUCAAGAAACUGUUAUCGAAUUCAUUCAAAGGAAAAUUUUAUACAGAUUUGGAAUCCUAGAAAGGAAAAAGCCAAAAAAUUGGCACAAAACUUUAGACCAAGCACUCUGGGCUUGUCGAACCUCCCCUAAAGAAGCCACUAACACUACACCUUUCCAGCUUACAUUUGGACAUGAUGCAGUACUACCUGUCGAAGUCUACUUGCAAUCAGUGAGAAUCCAAAGACAAGGAGAAAUUCCAUCUGACUUAUACUGGGAAAUGAUGAUAAAUGAGCUGGUGGAUUUGGACGAAGAAAGGUUGCAUGCGUUAGAAGUAUUAAGAAGACAAAAGGAGAGGGUAGCAAGGGCAUACAAUAAGAGGGUCAAAGGUAAAACCUUCACUAUGAAUGAUUUAGUUUGGAAAGUCAUAUUACCUAUGGAUCGAAAGAAUAAGGCAUUAGGAAAAUGGUCUCCACAUUGGGAAGGACCUUUUCGAAUUUUAAAAGCCUUUUCAAACAAUACAUACGAAAUAGAAGAACUAACAGAGGAUCGAAGAAUCCUAAAAGUAAAUGGAAAAUACUUAAAGAAGUAUAAACCAUUUAUGCACGAAGUUAGAAUCAUAACAACAUAG